UCGCCCGCCCACAAGAGGGUUCAAAAAGCUCGAUUUCCACCUCCGGUGUCGAGUUGCCGCCAUCUUUGUAUCCGUUUUAAUACAAAAAUAUAAUUUAUUUUCAUUAUCUAAGGUGAGGAGAACAUUCAAAAUAAUUGGGUAAAGUCAAGGAACUUAUGUCUGCAGCCUAAGAGCAUUCAUUUGAAGCCGUAUUGAGAUGUCGCUGGUGGAUUUGGGGAAGCGGCUCCUUGAGGCUGCACGGAAAGGCCAGGACGAUGAAGUCAGGACACUCAUGGCCAAUGGGGCUCCCUUCACCACAGACUGGCUGGGCACAUCUCCGUUGCACCUGGCCGCCCAACACGGGCACUAUUCCACUGCCGAGGUGCUGCUCAGGGCAGGCGUCAGCAGGGAUGCCCGAACCAAAGUGGACAGGACCCCUCUGCACAUGGCUGCUUCAGAGGGCCACAAUGUCAUCGUGGAUCUAUUAGUCAGGAGUGGCGCAGACAUUAAUGCCAAGGACAUGCUGAAGAUGACUGCUCUCCACUGGGCCGCCCAGAAUGGCCACCAAAGGGUAGCGGAGACGCUCGUGAAACAUGGCGCCGAUGUUCACGCUCUCAGUAAAUUUGAUAAGACGCCGUUUGACAUCGCAGGAGACAUCCAGAAUGCAGACCUUAUGCUCCUACUACAGGAGGGAAUGCAGAACCAGGUGAACAUGAACGCAGAGGCUGGUAUGACGGGGAGCUCGGCCCAGCCUCAGUUUAUCAUCCAGGGCAUCCCAGGGCUCCCGGGGGGUGUGGUCAACCUGGCAGACCUCCUCAACAACAUCAACUCGGCAGGUGACUCGGAGGAAGCCAUAGCAGCCAAUUCUUUGGACCCCGGCAGCAUCCAGCACAUGGUGAACGAGCAAGGUCAAAGGGUUAUCACCAUAGUGACCGACCAACACGGUAACCUACAGACUGGAGGGCUUGGUCAGCCAUUCUUUGUCACCAUGCAGAAUGGACAACAGAUGUUGGCGAUGCCAGCCAAUCAGGUGACAGAGGAGGUGGUUGAGGAGGAACCCCAGCCCCCGCCUGCCCGCAAGAGGAAACUAGAGGCCUCUGCCAACCACAUGGAGUCUGGAGACACGGAGCAGUUACAGAGGCAGCUGCAGGAGGCCAACCGGAAGGCCCAGGAGUACCGGCAGCAGCUGAUGUGCAAAGAGCAGGAAGCAGAGCAGUACCGUAUGAAGCUGGAGGCCAUGUCGCACAGCCAUACCAACGGCACCUCUGAGCAGGAGGAAGUGGUUGAGGAGGAGGAGGAGGAGGAGGAGGAGGAGGUGGUGGUGCUCCAGGAGGGAGACAUCAUCAUUAAGACGGAGGAGCUGGACUCGGCCGAGGAGCAGGUGACGCUGGUGGAGUCGGUGCCCUCCCACACCGAGGUCAUCUCAUAACACCAGACAGACUGAUGUCACUGAUGGAAGGAGAAAUGGACACGAACUCAGGCGACGGGGCAGGCUAUCAGCUUUUUCCAUAGCUCUUUUAAGUUUUUCCCCCCAUCUGAGUUUUUGUAUGUUUUGUUUGUACUAUAUUUACUUACUCUUUCUGCCGUUUCAGUAGUUUUUUUUUUCUCUCCCUCAAUCAUGUUUUUUUUUUUUUUUUUACAAGUAGUGAAAUGAGGAGCUGAAUAGUAGGAGGUGCAUCACAGGUUGGUUGAGGAGCCGGAAUGGGACCUGCUCAGCCUGUGGAUAAGGUUUCCUGCCUGGAAAACAUGUAUGCUAUCUGAGAGAAACGGGUCACUCGGUCUCUGUCUGUGGCGUCUGAGACAUGUCAGUGGUGUGGGAAAUACAUUUUCACGUUGCCAACUACAUAUCAUAAGAUGUCCAAGACGAGUCCAUCCGUGGUGCCAGAGGACCAGUCUGUGGAGAGAACACUUUUGUUUGUUUUUGUUCAGUUCUUUCAGGUCUCAAAAGUCUCCCUCACUCCUCCAUUCUACCACCCCCACCAUCAUGGACUCCACUGCAAUGGGAAUUAUAUUUAAGAAUACCUAUUUGAAAAUAACUGUCUUACAGGACAAAUGACAGGGCAUGCAGUUGGCAACAGUCAUUCCCAGCAUUUAUUGGACUCUGCAUUCACAAUGUAGUAAUGAAUUGUUUCAAAGUCGGGAAUUGUUUUGACUUUCAUGGCACCACGUUAGCUUUGUCCUCUGUGGGUGUUAUGGUCCGUGCCACUUCGAGUGCAGUGGUGAUUAUAAGUUUAGAAUAACGUCCUCCUGUUUCAAGGCCCCUGUGGCUUUAAUCACUAGUAGUCCCACUCCCCAAAGCCGGAGACGGACAGGAAUAAGGCUUUCAGAUUGCUGUGUCCUUCUGACAAUGACUAUGUCCCGUCACUUGUUUCUGCUACAGUUACUGUGCCGUUUUGUCUUCUCCCACCCUGAAUGAGAACGUGAACAACGUCUGGGUUAACAUUCAUCUCUCAGGGUUGAAGGGUGUUAAAGGAAAGUAAUAUCUGCCUGCUAUUCAGUAAGGGCCCAAUCUAAACUUGAGAUGCCAAAGCUGGUUUAAGUUGUGCCUACAUUUUGCAUUGACGUCAAUGGGGGAUUUCAACUAAAAUUAGAGUUCAGAUUUAUCGGGUGCUCUUGUCCAGGUUUAAAAUGACUUUAGUGGGUCUAACUGCAAUUUGAGUUGAACCAUGUCGAGUGACAGAUAUAAAUACCCACCAUGGCUAAUUCGGUGGAUGAAAUACACCACAGUUUCAGAAUUGAACCCCCCCCCCCCAGACCACUACUUGGCGGAAGAGGUCUGCUGUUUUGCUGGAAUACCGUUCCUAUGGCGGUCUCCACUCACCCAUUGUAAACUUAGACCGCUCUCUUCCUUUGAGAAGUCGACGUUCUCCACAAGUAUGAUAUUUCUUUUAUAAGCUCUCAGCAAGCCCUUUUAUUAUGUACAUAUAAAGUUGUAUUUUUAAGUGUAUCUGAAUGCUUUGGAAUGUAGACUGCUUAUAUAUGAUUUCUAAGCACAUCGUCCCCUUCUUAGUUUAGCAUCUCUUUGCCAGAUUGUACAGGUGAACAUGUAUGCACCAAAUGAUUAAAUAAUUCCAUUUACCAUGAUUUGACGGGUUUAUAGAUCUACCUGUUUCGCUACUGCUCUCACAGUUAAGGGCACUUGACCGAGUCACGAAUGACUUUGUGUGGACUUUGCUUGCUUUGAUUAAAAAGUAUGAAACAGC